AUCUCCUUAAUCAUCUGUUCAUUCAGGUUGUAUGUGUGGUUUGUUUUUAUGAUUUACCCAGGAGGGUCUGCUUUUCGCCAGUCAGUCAGAUCUGUUUAUGAACAAAAAUGGCUACCUUCGCCAACCACUCAACAAAUGGGAGCAGCGGGCACAGCUGGCGCUGUCAAUUCAAGGAGGACUUCAAGUACAUCCUGCUUCCUGUCAGCUACACUCUGGUCUUCGUGAUUGGCCUAGCCCUGAACUUCACGGCCAUGUACGUGAUCCUGUUCCGUACGAAACGCUGGAAGCCCUCCACGGUGUACAUGUUCAACCUGACAGUGUGUGACACCCUCUACAUCCUCACCCUACCCUUCCUGAUCUACUACUACGCCGACAAGAACGACUGGCCCUUCAGCGAGCCGUUCUGCAAACUCAUCCGCUUCCUGUUCUACGCUAACCUCUACGGUUCCAUCCUGUUCCUGUGCUGCAUCAGCCUGCACCGCUUCCUGGGUGUGUGCUACCCGAUGAGGUCCCUGAGCUGGGUCAGCGCCAGGAGAGCCCGGCUGGUGUCUGUGGCGGUGUGGGCGUGUGUGUUGAUGUGCCAGGCUCCCGUGCUCUACUUCUCACGCACCAGGGACGAGGGGACGGAGAGGGUGUGUUUCGACACGUCCAGUCCAGAGUUAUUUCAUGACUUCCUGGUGUACAGCUCGGUGGUGUCUGUCCUGAUGUUUGCCUUCCCCUUCAUGGUGGUUAUGGUGUGCUAUGGACUGAUGGUGAGGAAGCUUCUGGAGCCCACCUGGGGGGCAGGAGGGAGCCAGUCGAGGGGAGUCGGGGGGCUCGCUGCUCAUCGCUCCAAACAGAAGUCUGUGAAGAUGAUCAUCAUUGUGUUAGCAGUGUUCAUGCUGUGUUUCCUACCCUUCCAUCUGACCAGAAGUCUGUACUACUCCCUCAGAUACCUGGAGCAGAUGGACCCCUCCCAGGUGAGCUGUGAGCUGCUGAAGGUGUCCAGCAUGGCCUAUAAGGUGACACGCCCCUUGGCCAGCGCCAACAGCUGUGUGGAUCCCAUCCUCUACUUCAUGGCUGGACAGGGUUUCCGUAGCAACUUCACUAACAGAAGCAGGCAUCACCAAUGAAACCAGGAAGCGUGACGGCGGCACUCUCGACACAGCUCUGACCGACAGGAAGAUCAAUCUAUGUACUGAAUAGCUAUGAACACAGUGUGUGUGUAUUCCAUUGGAAUGGAGAGAACACAGUGUGUAUUCCAUUGGAAUGGAGAGAACACAGUGUGUAUUCCAUUGGAAUGGAGAGAACACAGUUGGACAAAGACACUGGAUGGAUGAUUUGACCAUGCUGGUCAUUUAUGAACAUUUGAACAUCUUGGACAUGUUCUGUUAUAAUCUCCCUCCGGC